CCAUGACCGACUUCCUUUCCUGUGUCUCGCCUCCGUGUUGGGCGCCAGCUGAUGGGGCUGGCUUAUUAUUUAUGGUUUAUGGGUAGUUUAGCAGUCUCGUUGAACUAUUUAUUUAUGAGAAGCGCGAGCUCGGAUAAUGCGUAACGAUACGAUACAAUACGCCCCCCAUAAGCCCGAGGCUUCUGGCCAGCCCCGGCUUGCUGGGUCAGGCGGGAAGGGGUUUUUAUUAACGGCAUCUCGCUCGCUGUUUGGUUUCCCUUUGCGGUCUCAACACACUGCCUCUUUUCUUCCUUGAGAGCCAUUUGUAGACUUACCUCAAUUCAACAUAUUCCCCCCAGACGGUAUUCUCCAGCGUGGCCGCGGGGGUGUUGCCACAUAUUUUCCCACCCGGCCUUGGGUUGAUCCCGUACCCGCAAUAUUCCUUGAAUUUCGCUGUCAUAAACUGGAGAAAAAAGAGGGUCAAGCCGCUUCCAUUGCUGAGAUUUGCAUCUCCAUUUCCAGGUUCCAGGUUGGAAGCAACAUAUUGUAGCAAAAUAUCAUUUCUGCUGCAGGGUUUUUAAGGGCUUCGAGAACCACCACACCACCACCGAACUUCCCAACUACGAGCGGGUGACGAGCAUGAGUCCAUAAAAAGCAUAAAAUGUCAAAUUGUCCUCCAGAUCCUUUGCUUCCAAAAUGCAUGCAUAAAAAUGCCAGUGGUUGCCAACUGCCCUGCCCCCAUUUCUGUUGCCUCUGCGCGGGCGUGAGAUUCUUCCCGCCCUCCCAUCCAUGCCCGCCGCCUUAUCCCUCCCGAGACGGCGUCUCCAGCGAAUCUCAGCGAUAUCCUAGAUACUGCUUGAACUGCAAGGAAUAUUGGGCAUCGCAAGCAGGUUGUUCAUCCUCUGCUGUCCCUGUUCCAGUGUCUGGGGCUUGUAUGCAGCCGCAUCAGCCUCAUCCACAUUGUGGAUUGCCUGUGGACCAUCACCGCACUGCACCCCUAUAUAAUUAUCAGCCACCCCAGAACCUGCAGUUGAAUCGAGAUAGCGGCGUUUCGGAUCACUCCAGUAACAGUCAAAGUUCAACGGCAGCAGCAGUCACCGCGCCAUCUCAACGCUUCCCUACCCACUCAUCUUUACAGCAGAGUCAAAACCGACAUCCACACAGAGACGAAUUCCAUCAACAGACCUCCUGGAUUCCAAGGCACGUUGCAUCUAAUUCCUCCACGUUUGGUCAAGCUAUAUCCAACCCAUCAAUAUCCCAUCAUCGGGUGUAUAUGCCUGUGAAUCAAGCUGGCAUGGCCGGGAGGCAAGCCUACACGUCUCCAGGUGCCGCGAUGCCAGCAAAUCUACAGGCGUCUGUAGCUUCAGAAUCCGCGUCGUACUCCUUGUUCAGCAACCAGCAAUCUCAAGGCCAAACACCUGAUCAAGUGGCACCAAAUAGCUUUUGGGAACCUAACGGGAAUUACUAUGUUAAUGGUCCUGAUGUGCAAAACCCCUCUAGAGACAUGUCUCUUAGUUACAACUAUGCACCCGCUGAGCCCUCGCCAAUCUACUACUCAACCUCACUACCUUCCGAUCCUGUAACUAGACCUUUUGCCACAGUGGAAUCCCGCCAACAAGGCAACCUAGAACAGAACAAUGACACUCAAGUAAAUAGUCAAAAUCAAGGACUAUAUAAUCCAAUUUCUCUGAACCAUGAUGGGCCUGUUUGGGGGUCUGAUUUGAGUCUUUUUCCAUCAGCGAGACCUCAUCUAUUCCCCAGAGUAUCAAACAGUUCAACGCUACCAAAUAAUGAUAACCCUUUAAAUUCACUAUCUUUCCAAUACCUCCCUGAUGAUUACCACAAUGCACAGGUUAACUCACGCGGUUCAACUAAUAUCGAGUGUCUGAAUGGCAAUGGCCCUGUCCCUAUUUUGCCUCAUAAUAACACGGCUUCUUCACAUCCCGUCGGUCCUUUCCCCACAGAGAAUCAGGCCAACGCGUCCAAUUCUUCUUCACGAAGGCAUCCUUUGCAGGGAACAUUCACAAAUCCCAGGAGCCCUCCUAGUGUUGGUAGUGCAAAUCCGAAUACCACCACCACAAGCCGUCGACGCCCCAGGCGUACCAACAAUAGCGGAAUGCCGCAGCCCGGCUCAAUGCCCCGAGAGAGACAACCACACCGACACAAUCAUCACCCGAUAAGUAUAGGCAUUCCGGGGAGUGCCCCUACUGCUCGUGAUCAGAGUUACGUAAAUGGGCAACUGGCUCGACUCCUAUACGCCGGCGCCCUUGUGCGUUACCCCAAUGACACUGAUGGGUUUCUCUCCGCAGAUGAAAGAGAGCGUAGGAGAAGAAUUCUAGAGUCCCUUAGGGGAAAUAACCGAGAACCCAGCCCUCCAGUCAAAGGGCUUGAUAGCGCGGAGGAUGGACGCCCAGAGCCCAAAGAAACAGAAGAACUCACAAUUAACUUGGAAUGCAAAGCCUGCAUGAGCCAACUUAUUGACACUGUGGUGCUUCCCUGUGGGCACGCGGUUCUUUGUCGUUGGUGUGCUGAUCAACAUAUGCCAUCAAGCAGAAUGGACAAAACAAAACCACGUUCCGCUGCCACUUGUCCUGUGUGCCGCCAAAAUGUGAGGCAAAAGAUUCGGAUAUAUCUCUCGUAAAUCUCUCGUAAAUAUCAAGCACGACCUACAAUCUGGACGGUAAUCAAACAGCAAUCUUACUUGGAAUCCACGAAUUCUCAUGUGAUUUCCCUCCCUCCCUCCCUCCCUCCCCGGGUCUCGCCAACUCUUCUCACUUGUUCUUCAUUUUUUUCGGUGGUUUUCUCUGCUUUUAAUAUUUUGCGGUCAGUUUGUCUCAGCAUAGCGCGGCGUUUGUUGGCGGUACCACGUUUUGAAAACUUCACAUAAUUUGCAUGUUUUCUCUUCCUAUCAUUUACCACAUCCUUCAAUAGCAGCUCUUUUUCUUCUUCCUGCUACAUUUAAAUAGUAUACGCUUUCCGCAAAUUCCAUGAUAUCAUCCCAAUCUCUUCUAUCUUCCCUAUCUUUUCGAAGAUCUCCUAAGUUCAUAUUACGUGUAUUACAUCAUUUGCAUCAAUCUUUUGACACCGUUAAAUGCAGUUAAUGCAAUCCGUUUGCGCCCCAUGACAUUCUCCCGCCCAGCUCAUUGCUCUUGUUGAUUUUGCUCUUUACCAAUGAUUCUCCGUCUAUGCUUUCUUACUUUCUUCAUUAAGGGAAACAUUUUCAAGUGUUUGUAUAGCAAGGGAUAUUCGCGUAUACAUUACAGGAGAGAGGCGGUGCAUUGGCAUCCUUAUUUCAACCUCCUUCUUACAAUUUAUGCUGGUCACUGCCAAUACAUUUACCAGCGUAUAUAAGAUGUGUUUAUAAGUGAUACGAUACGCGGGAGAGCAUGAAACCCUUUUCUUAGUGGCCGGGGUAGGUAGAGGGUUACUGAAGAAUAAAAUAUCGAUGGCUAAAAUAUCUCACCCCGUUGUUUCCAUGGAUAGUAGUGAUAAACACAUAGCUUUCUUGCGGACACGACCAUUGAUACAGUUGCUUCAGCUCCGGAUAGAGCGGAUUUAACCUUUCAAUCCCUGCUACAUUGCUUUUUCCUCCGCGGCGCACGCGGCGCACGCGGCUACGAGAUUCAGCCUUCUCUACGGAGUAACUACUUAC